AUGUCAAUCACAGAUAGUAAUAUGAAAAUCGAAACCUUGGCUUGGAUAACUGAUGAUGAAGCUGAAUUUUGGACAAGUACAUCACCUAGAGAAACAAAGAAAACGUUUAAACAUUUUUCAACAUCAAAAGUUUUUCCUUCAGAUGUUUCUUCAUCUAAUAGUCUUCAAAAUGAAACAAAUAAACAAUUAAAUUCGCAAAACGAAGAUCCUUUGUCAUUAUCAUAUAAACAACUGAUUGAAAAACAAGCGAAAGAAGUGUCAGAAAAUGCUGAAAAAACUCGAGUUUUUGAGAAAUUUCAAUUAGAGGAAAAUGUACCCGGAAUAAAUAUGAGCUUUCUUGAUCGAUUAUUUCGUUUAUCCAGAAGACCACAUAUUACAGACAUCAAUUAUAUAGACGAUGAAGUCUUUGCAGAUAUUGAUGAAAGUGAAAUAACAGCUGUGAUGAAUGGUGAUACACAUAUGGAUGUAUCAUCUAAUGUUGAAAAUAAAUUUAUGAAUAAUCUUAAAUCAUUUAUUGAUGAAUUAAGUGAAGAAAAAGAUGUUAUUAUGGGAACAAUUGAUGAAGAUACAUUAUUUAAUCGGAGAUGUCAAAAAGUGAAAUCUUUACCUUUAUCAAUAAAAAACGAUGAAAUAUUAUUUAGUCGAACAUUUUUUUGA